AUGACGAUACCUUUGCUUGGUGGACUUCAAGAACUAUUUAGAGGACGUCACGGGAGCAGUAAUGACAAUUUCGCCACUCUUGAAGAUUUGGCCGAUCGUCUUAAUCGCUUCUACUCUAUGGGCAUCAUUACCAUUUGCGCAGGCAUAACUAUGACCUCCGUCUACUUUCUUCGUCCCAUUACAUGCACUUCCUCUGAGUAUCCAACCAUACCAAACUUUUUCGCCUACAUUGAGUCCAUAUGCUGGACAGAAGGAACUAUUGACCUUCGAAAAAGUGAUCGAAUUCCCAAUACCCAAGAAGAAUGGGAUCGUCUUCGAGGCAAAGCCGACAUUUCUUUCUAUCAAUGGGUGCCAUUUUGUCUGGCAAUUCAAGCAAUUCUCUUCUUCCUGCCACAUCUCCUAUGGCAGUCACUCACUGUCAAUACUCUGGGUGAUGACUUUGGUGCUCUAAUCGCUCGCGCCAAGGCCGCCAACACCACCGGUGAUGCCGAUAUUCGUACGAAAUUGGUAAGAACUUGUGCAGAUCAACUCUUUCGCGUCUCACGUCAGCAUUCCCGACUCCACUCUGGCAAGUCAUUCAAAGCUCGUUUGUACCGUUUCCUCCUCACCUACGUACCCGGCACACACCUCUUUGUAUUCGGCAAACGAUUGGGCAAUCGCACGGCAUUCUAUUACCUCAUUAUCAAACUCCUGUAUAUUGUCAAUUGUGUUGGCCAAAUCUUCCUCAUCAUGCUAUUUCUCAGUCCCGAUGGAAUAACUCGCACUGAUUUCAUUCAAUUCACACUUCGACUCUUCAACACCCUCGUGAAUAAUCGCGAAUGGAAAGGAAGUGACCUCUUUCCCAUGCGUGCAAUUUGCCCAGUUAGUUUGCACAUUCUCGGACAUCGAAAUCAAUUGUUCACAGCCAUCUGUGCACUGCCCAUUAACAUGCUGAACGAGAAAAUUUACAUCUUCCUCUUUGUGUGGCUACUAUUUGUGCUCUCCAUCUCAGUAUUUAGCACCCUGGUGUGGAUGAGUCGUUUUGUCUUCCUCUCCCGAAGUGUGUCCUUCCUCACACGUCUUCUCAACAUUUCGCAAGAUGCGGCUCGUCCCACGUUGGAUAGAAAUAACAAGCUGGUGAGAUAUGACAAAGCUGAUGUCAAGGAUGAGGAGAUGUUGAAGAACCAAUUUGUUCGAGAAAUCGGACUUGACGGCUAUUUCAUGAUACAAAUGUUGAAAAAUAAUGCUGGUGACGUGGUGAGUGGGGAGAUUCUGCUUUCUUGGUGGAAAAUAUAUCAGCUUGUGGAUAGGCUUGAACAUGAAGUAGAGGAGGAUGCCGUGAAUAUGGUUUAA